AUGUCAGGAACUGGAUUAUCGUUGUUCGUAACAGGCCUUAUACUGAAUUGUUUGAAUUGCAUUUGUCAAAUAUACUUUACUAUAUUAUAUGGCGAUUUGGAAGCAGAUUACAUCAACUCAAUCGAACUGUGUAAGAAGGUGAAUAUAUUGGGCGUACCGGAGGCAAUUUUACACGCCUUCAUUUCUAUAUUGUUUCUCUUCAACGGAUACUGGUUCGUCUUUCUCUUGAAUGCCCCCGUCCUGGCAUAUAACACUAGUAAAGUCUACAAGAAAACAUAUCUACUAGAUGCGACGGACAUUUUCAGAAUACUGGGUAGGUGCAAAAUUGAAUGCUUUUUAAAGUUGGGUUUCUACCUUCUCAUUUUUUUUUUCUAUUUCUAUAGAAUGGUCACAGCGUUACUUGAGAACGAUGCAAACUUGAUAAGUUAG